GUGGGCGCACACGCAGUGUCGGUUGUCAGCUGUCCAGUUGUGCGCUCUCGCUGGGGAGGCUUUUUCUGCUGGGAACUUUCUGUAAGUGAGUCAACACCGCACAGGGAGGACGCCACCCAGCCCUGCGCGCUGGAUCUUAUGCUGGGCUUCUCCUUCGAGGACGCAGGGCACAAAGACGAAUCCGCUUGGGUCGACAGGCUGGGGGUUUCGGUGUUUUCUGCUCCCACGCAGCGCCGGGGAUGGUUAUUGUCGCUUUGACGCGGCUUUUUCCUCUUUGGAAUUAACGCGGCGGAGGAAAGAAAAAGGAAAGAAAUGAAAGUGACGGUGUGCUUCGGGAGGACCCGGGUGGUCGUUCCGUGUGGAGAUGGGAAUGUAAAAGUCCAGAGUCUUAUCGAACAAGCGGCCAUGAGGUACAAAAAGGCGAUCGCAAAGGACCCCAGCUACUGGGUUCAGGUGAACAGGUUGGAACAUGGCGAUGGUGGUAUUUUGGACCAGGAUGAUAUGCUGUGCGAUGUGGUGGAUGACAAAGAUAGGCUGGUUGCAAUAUAUGAAGAGCAGGAUCCUCACAAUGGAGGUGACGGUACCAGUGCCAGCUCCACAGGUACACAAAGCCCAGAACCCUUCGCCGGUGAGAUGAAUUCAGCAUCAGCCUUCCAGCCCUACCAGGCCAGUAGUGAGAUUGAAGUCACCCCAUCUGCUCUGCUAUCCAACAUGUCUCUCAAUGUCCGUCGCAGUAGUGAUCCCGCACUGGUUGGCUGUCCUCCAGGCGAGGCCCCGGUUGCUCCAGAAGAACCGUCCAGAAAAAAUCCAGCUCGCUGGUCCACAACCCCUGGUUUCCAGAAGCCCAGCCAUAAACGAAACCCCAGCAAUGAAACAGGGAGCCUUGAACAAAAGGGCAGAGGAGCCCAUGCCUACCGUAGUCUUCCUCGUGAUGCGAGUGGCUGGUCCACUCAGUUCCAAAGAGAGAUGACUCGAUCUUCCCUUAGUGCCAACCAUCCAAUGGUAGAUCGAUGGCUCGAUCAACAAGAACAGGAGGAGGACGAGGAAGAGGAGCAAAGGAGACACGAGAGGAGAAUCGAGCGGACGGAGCCAGUAGGAAGGGCCGAUUCCUCACUGGAACAUUCGCCGGUGUUUCAUAUAGAAAGCAUGCUCAAGCCCGUCGAGGUGUCCAAUGAAGGUGGGCCCCUGGGGAUCCACGUAGUGCCUUUCAGUUCACAUGAUAUCAGGUAAAAAAAAACAAAACAGACACAAGCUGAAAUU